AUGGCUAAAGGGCUGCCGUAUGCCCAUGAUAGAACUUUGGCUUAUCGGAUUAGGCGAGAUUACAUCUGGCAUAGAGAUGAGAUUCCAUACGAAGCGAAGUCCAAAUGUUUGCGAGCCACUUCAUACUACAGUAACAGUUUGACGGCCAACGACACCGACAUAGAUGUUCCAAGUGAAAUCGAUUCACUUUUGGACUACGAUAAUAUUGAUGUCUGUUUCUACUGCGUGUGUUCCGUUGACGCUAAAGCCGCGAGCUGUAUAAAUAGAGACCCUUGGUUCUGUGAAUAUUAUAGGGUCAUCAAGGAACCGAACGCAAUGAGGGACAGAUAUGCGACGUUGUUUAAACAAGAUAGACCUGGCUACUUUCAGCAACUCUCUUAUAGACUACGCAGAACGAUGGAUGAUUCAAUGUUUUCUUUGCUAGAAGAGGUUGGUGAUAAAGCAGAUGAGGAUAAGUGUAUACCGUUUGUGUCACAUUACUCGGACUGUUCAGAUGAAAACAUGUGUGGUGGUUGCACGAGAUGCAGCUGUACUGCCGAAGGAAAAUGGUCUUGUAAAGAGAUCUUUGAUUGCAAUGAUAUAGAUGAUAAUGAGGAUAAAAGCAAUACCAUCACUGACACGGUCAACGUAUUGUUUUCAGAAGUAAAGGAAAGACAGAGGAAGAUGAAGGAAAAACGAAAAUUACAACGAUUUGCUCCUCCGCCGCCGAAAUCUGAAUUUGAUUCUCUGAUGGGUUAUUUAAUUGCUGUAAAAGAUAAGCACUGA